AUGAAUUCGCAGUCCUUUUUCCUUGUUUCUCUAGCCUGCUUUUUUGUGCACCUGGUGGCCCAAGCACAAGCAGCUCCGUCGUCUGUGCAUCUUUACUUUGAGCUAUCUACUCAAACAUAUGAUGAUUUGUGGACGAAGCUACGAAGGCAGCUGAGGCAGCCGAGUAAUCCGGAAUAUGUGCCACCAAAUGUGCAAGGCAGAUAUGUUCUUGGGCCGCGGCGCCCCGAGUUCUACGGCACGCCAUUGGGAUGGAUUAUGGUCCAUGUCACCGGGGCAGCAACAGAAGACAAGACUACGCUAGCGAUAGCCAAUGAUGAUCUGUACCUUCUUGGCUUCAGGAACAGCACUGGACAUUGGUACAUCCUUACUGGAUUUGGUGGAUUACCUGGAGCCAUCACAAUGCCGUUCACGGAGUCAAACUACGAUCUGGUUGGCGGUCACCUGAACCUUCCCACAGUUCCACUAGGGAAACAGUCUGCCAUAGAAGCCGUCAAGAUACUUGCAAGCUGCGACCACUUCGACACAACCACCGAAGCACAAGUCAAGCAAGCGCUGGUCCGGUUUGUGGUGAUGAUUGCAGAAGCCGCGCGGUUUCCAGCGAUCCGUGGUACAUUCAGCUCAUCUCACAAGUGGCAGCAGCAGACCUUCAUCACCCAAACACAGGCAAAACGUGUUGUCCAUUGGGGAAAGCUCUCAACACUUCUAGUGAUUUGGAAGCGAACUUACGCGUGGGAUGGCGAUCGCGCAAGAGACGUGAAGGAUGAGAUUGGAGUCAAUGGUCCUCGCGAUGCUCUCGACUUAGUUGAUUUCCUCCUUCGCCCAGAAAAUAUUUAA